UGCAUCUUGCUUUCAAGACUCGAACCCUUCUAUCGCAUACCGUGAGAAUGGAACUUGCAGCUGUUGGUCUGGCUGGGAACAUCGUCCAAUUUGUUCAGUUCGGCUGCGAGCUUCUUUCGACUACUGUCGUCGUACUAAGAAGUGUCGACGGUAUUUCCACACAACAUGGGGAUUUGCAUUUGAUUGCUGAGCAUCUCAAGCGACAUUGUGUCAACUUGAAGGUAGAGACUUAUUCGGACCCGAAUCUGGUAGAACUCGCAAAGCGCAGUCAAGCAGCUGCAGAAGAGCUGCUCACCGCUGUCAAUGCUGUGCGAUUAGACAAGAAACCAGGAGAUAGCCGAAUAUUUGCUGGAUUUCGCAAAGCUUUGAAGGGUAUUUGGAGUAAAGAGAAGAUCGAGUCUCUUUCGACAAGAUUAGACAGACUUCGAGAUGCUAUAAUUCUUCAUUUGACAGUGCAAACGAGAGACCUGCAGACGAAGAUCCAGAGAGCCAUGUCGAACAAUCACGAUGAAACGAUACUAGAAAUUCAUCGUCUGUCCCAGAAAUUUGCAGCCUUCAUACAGGAAGUUAAUGGUACAAGCCAAAACGUCCAGGCGAACGAAACCAGUUCAUAUGAUCUCCAGAAAGCAUUCUCGGAAUUCGUCAUCAGAUUUGAAGAUACGGCACAAACUAGUUCAAUCUUAAUCAGUCUACAAUUCCAAUUCAUGGGCACAAGACACGAACAGAUCCAUGAAGCGUACAAGGAAACAUUUGAAUGGGUAUUUAAUGCAAGUGGUUUACCCGAAUCUGAUCCGCGAUCGAGAAUCACCUACUCUUCGUGGCUUGCUGGUGGAGAAGGGAUUUAUUGGAUUACUGGAAAACCCGGCUCAGGCAAAUCGACCUUGAUGAAGUUCCUUCAGAGUCACGCGGAAACUACACGACUGCUGGAGAUUUGGGCUGGGCCCUCACGCUUGGUGCGCGCGAACUUUUAUUUUUGGAACGCGGGUACAUCGAUGCAAAAGUCCUUGCAAGGGCUAUUGCAGUCAUUGCUUUCAGCGAUAUUGAAGGACUCGCCCGAUUUGAUCAAAGUCCUAUGCAAAGACCAAUGGGGAGAUGGCCAUAUUUCCACCGAAAAGUCACGGUCAUGGUCACUUCGAAAGCUGAAAGCAUGUUUUGAGCGUAUCAUGGCUCUUGAAACGCUUCCCGCGAAAUUCUACUUCCAUAUUGAUGGUCUUGAUGAGUAUGACGGAGAUCACUUUGAGGUAAUUGAUAUUGUCCGUCAACUAUCUCAAUGUCCGAUGAUCAAAAUUUGCGUCUCCAGCCGACCCUGGAAUUGUUUUCAUCAAACCAUAGGCAAAGGCAAUGCUGGCGUCAUUUAUCUUCACGAACUUACGCAGAAGGAUAUUCAGAAGUUUGCAGCGGAAAGCAUCAUUGCUUAUACCGGUGACAGGUACACCACAGAUCACGAACAUUUAAUAAGAGAUAUCACUAAACGAGCCCAAGGAGUUUUCCUUUGGGUGAGAGUUGUUGUUAAAUCUUUACGGGACGGGAUUACCAACGACGAUCCAGUUUCCCUUCUUCGAGAGCGGUUGAACCAGCUCCCUGCUGACUUGGAGGAGCUGUAUGAGGUUAUCAUCAAAUCGGUCGACCCGGUAUAUCGGAAAAGCAUGGCCUACACGCUCUUAUUUUCACUUGAAUGCACGAGCUCACCAUUUGGAAUUGGCAUUAUUUUACAUUACUCAUUCAUAGAUGAGUACGCGGAUAAUCCAAUAUUUGCUAAGGAACUCGGCUUCAAGUCAAUGUCCGCUCAGGAGAUUUCUAGACUGGUCAUACAGACAGGACACAGGUUAAAUGGUCGCUUCAAAGGCCUCCUCGAGCCGUGUAGUGUCCGUACCCGUAUUCCCGAAGAUGCUAGUAUUUCUGUUCAAUUUCUGCAUCGAACGCUUAAGGAUUUUCUCCAGACCGUUAAGAUGCAAAAUUAUCUAAAGGCAGGACUAUCAGCAGACGAGAACAUAUCAUCAGUAAUCUUGGACGUGCUUCUCGCAAACUGGAAAGUACGACCAAGCUUUGAGAGGGCUAUAUCAGCUAUAAGAUGGGCUUACAAACUUGCCCGGGAAAGGAAGGAUCCCACCAUUGAGUUUGCCUUCUUUGAUCACAUUGAGGAAAUGUUUGAGUUGUAUGAUACAACAUACUCCCUCGGUGGAAAACAAGCUGUGCUUGACGUCUCAGUUCGAUUUGGUGAACGUAACUAUAUCUUGUAUCGGCUCCAGUGUGGCAAAGUAAAUUCAUUAGACAAUCUUCUUUUUCACGCAUUCAUAUGUUCCGAUACAGCGAAGCCGGACCGGAGAUUGAUGGGUUUUCCUGAUGCUUUUCAAAAGGGUGUACUUGAUGAUAAUUCAUUGGAGUAUUGUGAGGGUGGAGUGCCGUUCCUCAUGGGAUGGGAAGAGUGGGAUAUGAUGAAAGAGAUACUCGACUAUGGCGCAAAUCCAAAUGCAAUAGUCCGCGGUAUCCGAAUCUGGGAAACAUUUCUCACCGAGGGUCUUCUGACGUUAAUGGAGUCCAUUCAGGGACCCUGGUGGGACAUGUUCCAUCAGAUGGUUAUACACGGCGCGAACGUCAAAGAAAAUACUCGAAUAUGGAUAGACAUAUUACGUUACGGGCAGAUUGCCGCUGGAGAAGAGGUUCUCUCCAUCAUCAAGGCAUUUUCCCUCCUUCUGCAGUAUGGCCUGGAGCCAAAUGCACGAUCAGAAGAACAUACGAUAUGGCAGGAAGCCCUCAAAAUGCUGUUCUGGACGAAGGAUGUUUCUGAUAUCGAGUUGGUAAAAGAUUUGCUCCGUGCAUUCUUACGACAGGGUGCAGACGUAACCGCAAUCUUUCAUGCAAGCGUUACUUCGCAUUGUAACAGGUCGUUUCUAGAAGAAAUCUCGCACGCAAUGCAAGAGCAAGAAAUCAUGUUGGGAGGUCUAUGGCCCGUGGAUGUCUUUGAAAUCUGCUUUGGUCAUGGACUAGAUCCUAACUUUAUCUUCAAUGGGACGUCGCUGUGGGAAACCAUUCUCAGCGCCGUAAAGAAUAAACUUGAAGACCCAGCCAGCCGGACGCCUGAGAGACUCCACCGAAUUAAAAACUGCUUGAUUACGUUUUUACAAUAUGGGGCAGAUCCCAGCGUCGACAUCCUUCAAAAUCUCGUGAGCGGACAUUCUCAGCCACAGUGUGCAUUCUCUCGUGCCGAUGCUCGUGAGCUGAGAGGAGUAAUGGUGAAGGAGAUUGAACACCGAGAGUCACAGUAUACGCCUACUAUACAAAAUAGGCGUUCAGCGCCUGGAUACAAGAGGAGUAGAUCACCAGCAGAUCUGAGCUCUCAAGAUGGAGAUGAUGACGAUGGGCAUAGUUGGAUCAUUGUUCCUAGAAAGAAGACACGUAUGAGGUAGUAUAGUUCAUGAGGAGUAUCUCCAGCACAAAUAUGUACGCCGUUGUCAACUUUCCUGUGCGUGAUAGAAGGCAACGCAUAUAGUGCGGUUCUACUAUCAUCUACCGCAGGGAAGAUUUGUCCAUGUCUCAUUCCUUCUCCGUGCUUACGCAUGAG